CUGAGCAAGUCAGAUGAGUCUUAACUGUGAUAGAGAAAUCAAAGAGCAAAAACAGGGGAAAAUUUAUCUCUGCUCAACUCUAACUUGUAUCAAUAUCCAGAUGGAGAACUGAGAAAAAUCAUGGCAUCUGUGAAUUAUCUUGCUUGACUGAUUCUUUUUCUUCUGUUUUGGAGACAGUCAGAGUGGUAUCAUGGCAUCUUUUCUUAUGUGGAUGUUCAUGUUCUUAUGCACAGGAAAAGCAAUGGGAAACUAUAUCACUACUGCAAAUUUGCAUUCUGAAAACAUAACCCGGAUUCUUGACAGACUGCUGGAUAGUUAUGACAACAGACUCCGACCUAGCUUCGGAGGUCCUGUAACUGAAGUCAAAACAGAUAUAUAUGUGACCAGUUUUGGCCCUGUUUCAGAUGUUGAUAUGGAAUAUACAAUGGAUAUAUUUUUUCGUCAGACAUGGAUCGAUGAGCGACUUAAAUUUGAUGGGCCGACAGAAAUACUUAGGCUAAACAACUUAAUGGUCAAUAAAAUCUGGACUCCAGAUACAUUUUUCAGGAAUGGCAAAAAGUCAAUUUCUCACAAUAUGACAACCCCCAAUAAACUUUUUCGAAUAAUGCAGAAUGGAACGGUGCUCUACACAAUGAGGUUGACAAUAAAAGCGGAGUGCCCAAUGAGACUGAUGAAUUUCCCAAUGGAUGGACAUGCCUGCCCUCUUAAGUUUGGGAGCUAUGCAUAUCCCAAAAGUGAAAUAGUCUACACUUGGAAAAAAGGACCACUGUAUUCUGUUGAGGUACCAGAGGAAUCUUCAAGUCUCCUCCAGUAUGAUUUAGUUGGACAAAAAGUUUCUAGUGAGACACUGUUAUCAAAUACAGGUGAAUAUGUUGUAAUGACAGUGCAUUUCUACUUGCAAAGGAAGAUGGGCUAUUUUGUGAUACAGACUUAUAUUCCCUGCAUAAUGACAGUCGUUCUCUCCCAGGUUUCAUUUUGGAUCAACAAGGAGUCCGUUCCUGCCAGAACUGUGUUUGGUAUCACAACUGUUCUAACAAUGACCACAUUAAGUAUAAGCGCCCGUCAUUCUUUCCCGAAAGUCUCAUAUGCAACAGCGAUGGACUGGUUUAUAGCAGUGUGCUUUGCCUUUGUAUUCUCCGCAUUAAUUGAGUUUGCUGCUGUGAACUAUUUUACUAAUCUCCAGAUUCAGAAAACAAUGAUGAAGGCUGCCAAAGAAUCAGCUCUAGCAGCGGUAACUGCAAGGGCAGAAAAUGAGUUUGUUACGAAUGCUGACUCAAACUGCAAUUUAAAAAAGCGAAUCAAUUCAGUGGCCUCUCAAGGGGAUCAGUCAUCUGGAGGUGAUUUGCCACUCUAUGAAGAUUCUCCAUAUAGUCAACAAACUGUUUUCCCCACCAGCAAUCAUAUGCUAUCGGAUACCUCCUCCAUUCAGUAUACAGGAACAAGUAAAAUAGACCAGUAUGCUAGAGUCCUGUUUCCACUGUCAUUUGCAGGAUUCAACUUGGUUUAUUGGGUUGUUUAUCUUUCAAAAGACACAAUGGAUGUUAAUCGCAGUAACUGAAUCCAAAAAGCUACAAAAGACUUGUAAAUAUGAAGAGUAUGGCUAUAAAGAAAAUCCAGCAAGAUCCCGGCCUUAAACUGUUAAUAACAGUUAUGUAUGUUUUAAAUAAUGAAUAUUGUUUGUAGUUACUUGGCGUCAGUGGACAAAAUGAUAUAAUACUGAUAUGCUCACAUAAACAAAAAUGUUAAUAAAUAAUUUUACCUCUUGUGAUUA